AUGACUCAAGUGGCCGCGAUGAGCUGCCCAGAACGCGCAGCGCUGCUGCUGCUGCUGCUCGCCUCGCAGGCGCACGCACAGAGUUGCGAGGAAAGCUUCGACCUUCCGGUGACGGCUUUUGGCGGGCAGCUGGUGUACAACGCACCUUCGUCCACCUCUGAACUGGAGACGGCGGGCGCCGAGCUGCUCACCUUCUCCUGGCUCGAUGAUACCUUCACCACCCCCACCGUGCUAAGCGCCGAGCCUUCUGUGGACUACUUCACCAGGAACCUCUUCAACGCGACCACCAUGGACGUCUUAGUUGCUAAGGACCUGGCAGGCCUCACCGACUACAAGAGCCCCGGCGAUGACCAGACGGCCACGACGUUGAUUUUGGGCCUCGUCUUCGCAUACAUCGAUCCUCCGGCAGAAUACCAAGCGUGCACCUUGAAUUUGAACUUCCCCCUGAAAGACGAGAACACCUACACCCCCACCACCGAUAAGUCGCAGUACGAAGCAACCGUCAGGGAGGACUACCCUCUAGACCUGACCAUUCCUUACCUGCAGGUCAUCGUCGUGGACCUUGAUGGGUCGGAUCCCAACAACGUCCUCUCUGCCGUAUUCGACGAUGCGUGCCCACUCAUGAGCGACGCCCCUUCCUACAGCGCUGCCAACUCCGAGGUCGCCAUCACCUUCUCUCUCAGGCAGAAACUCGACUACGACACCAUGGACUCUCCUGAUGUCACGUGCAACCUGACCAUCGCGGAUGGAGGGCAGCCGUCCAGGGAGGCGAUCGUGACGAUCGUGUUGACAGUCACGAACUACGAGGACGAAGUGCCGGUGUUUGUGCGGCCCUUCUACAAAAGCACGCUCGAGUCGCAGCAGGAGAUCGGCGUCCCUCUCGAAAUUGAACCGUCAGCCAUUGAAGCCACUGAUGCUGACAAGGGUGCCGUCAUCACCUACAGCAUGGAAGUGGAUGACAUGGAUGAUCCUAACUGGAACGACUACUUCAUGAUCGACCCCAGCACGGCGCUUGUGACGCUCCAAACUGACAUACCAGAUGACAUGCUCGGCGUUAUCUCGGUUCAUUUCAUCGUGAGGGCAACUGAUGCGGGCAACAACCAAGACACUACCAUCUUGGAGAUCUUCCUUCCUGCGGCGCCGACAACAAGUACGACUUCCACUACCAUAACAACCCCAACCACUAUCACUUCUACUUCACCUUCUACUUCAUCAUCUACUUCUACAUCACCUAUGACAACUCCUACCACCACACCGUGUCCUACUUUCACUCCAACCACUGCAUCCAUGACUACAGUUUUUACAGAUACCACUGCAGCUUCUACGGACACUUCAAUAGCCACCACAUUUAUGACGGUCCCCAUGACGACAAGCUCUUGUCCUCCAUGCCCAACGACGAUGACAACGAUGUUCACAACGCACCCGAGUACGUCACCAACGACGUUCACCACAAACCCGAGUACGUCAACGACUACGCAAGAACAAACUACCGAAUCCCUGUCAUCUGAGACACAACUCACAUGUCAGCCUUGUACCACCAUCGUCCCUACCUGCCCCACGAUACCUGCGACCGAAGAUGGAUCGACUGCCUCCAGUGCUGCCUCCACUGCAUCUAGCGAUGCAUCCACUUCUCCCACAGAUGCUUCUACUGCUUCAAGUGGUGCUUCCACUGCCAAUACUGAUGCUUCAACUGCAUCUAGCGGUGCAUCUACUCCUACUGAUGCUUCUACUGCUCCUACAGAUGCUUCUACUGCUCCUACAGAUGCUUCUACUGCUCCUACAGAUGCUUCCACUGCAUCUAGCGGUGCAUCCACUGCUACUCCAAAUCCGACAACGCCCCCGCCAGACACGCCGUACAGGUUCGAGCUGAGCGACUACAACUUCCAGGUGUACAAUACCAGCAGCGUCGCCGGCGUCCUGCAGGUGGUGCGCACAGACGGCAACCCGCAGAGUCCCGACUCUGUCCUCUACGCCUGGGACGAAAGCGCCAGUAACGGCACGUCAUUCUUCCCCCUGAACCCCCAGACGGGGGUGGUGGGGGUCGACAACCCCCCCGAGGGCUACUACCACCUCGUCGCCACCGCCAUCGUCGACGAGGACUACCAGCGACCCGUCACGACGAGGGUGCACAUAGACGUGGUGAGGGCGCCGUCAUGUGAUGACGUGUUCAUGGCGGUUGGGGUGAUGAUGGUGGAGGUGAAGGAGGAUGCACCACGAGGCACCGUCAUCACCACAGUCACCGCACAGACCGCAGGAGAAAUUAACACCACAGUCACCACACAGACUCCAGAAGCACAGCACAGCUUCUGCAUCACGGAUGUUACGCCAUCACAGUAUAAAGACUGGUUCUCCAUGGACUCGGCGUCUGGGGACCUGACGCUCAACUCCACCGUGGACGCGGACGACAUGGAGCAGCGUCAGGUGGAAGUGCGGGUGAAGGCCCUGCAGGAAGGGGAGGAUUGCCCCACCAAACAAGGGGGGGACUUGACCAGGAGUGAGGCGCUGAUUCUUGUCAACAUCCUUGACGUGAACGACGAGGCCCCCGCUAUCGUGGGGCCCGCAGAAGGCAUCAUGACCCUCGGCUACCCCACCAAUGGGGCCCUGCAGCAGCUGGUGGGGCCUGUCACCACCAUCGUGGUCCAGGAUAAGGACACGUCGCAGGAAAGUCUGAAGUACACGCUGUCAGGCGCUGACGCCGCACACUUCCUGUUGGAGCCGAAGUCAGGCGACCUCUACAUCGCUGACGUCGCCGCCUGCGCUGCCUCCUGUCAGCUCAGCGUCAGCAUCAGCGACGGCGCCAACGACGAGGCCCGCCGCGACAUAACGGUGCGGCCUCUGGAGACGUCCAACGUGUACGAUGUCAUCGUGCCGUCGCUGGAUCCUGGAGAGGUGGAGGCGGCGCUGCAGGAUCUAUCGACGUCCUCUGGUAUGCAGCUGCAGCUCCUAUACUCCUCCGCCAAGCUUAGCGCUGCCCUGCUGGACGCUCCUAAUGGAGCUGCAGGCCGUUCAAGGAGAGGGAUGGAAGGUGGAGAUGGUGGAGAGGUUCAGCAGACCGUCCUCCUGCAGGAGGCUGUAGCGGAGACCUGGGUGACGGUGCUGCACAUUUACUCCUUCGACGACGCUGGCAAUUACAUCACGCUGGAGGACCUCAACAGCGCCCUACCAGCAGACACGAAGGCAUCGACUUUCACGGAGGAGGACACCUUCAAUCCACCAAAGGAGCAGGUGGAGACGUCAGUAGUGGGCUACCAGGUUGCGGUGGGCAUCCUGGGCGGGCUUCUAGCUCUCAUCUUGGUGGGGGCGAUCGUGGGCUUUGUCUUAUACCGUCGACGGCUGGACUCCAAACCCAACGGUGCCCCCAGCCUCAGCACGCUGGGUGCCACGUACCCCAAUCACGCCUUCAGCGCCGACCUCACAGGCGGAGACGACGCCUCAAGCACGUCCAGCGGCGACCACGUGGGCACGUCUCCUGGCAACGGCCACGUGGGCACGUCUCCUGGCAACGGCCACGUGGGCACGUCUCCUGGCAACGGCCAUGUGGGCACGUCUCCUGGCAACGGCAACGUCGUUCAGACGUCGCCGGACCAGGAUUAUGAAGAAGUUUUUGACGUCCGUCAAGACGUGCCUGACGUGCGCCCGACGUCGUUAUACGUGGCGCCCGCGACGGCCCCUGCCGGCCUGCGCAGGAUGGACCCUGGUCCGUCUCCAGAUGGGACGCCCAGCUCCCCUUACCUCACGGGGACGGAGGGAGACUUCGAGGCCUCACGCCCCGCGGUAGACGAGACCGUCCCCGCCUAUACGGCCUACCGGGGCAGUAGGGGCGACGUCAGCGAGGGUGCUCCAGCGUACGCUUCUGUUUACAAAAAGAACCCGCACUCCUCUGAUGGCAGUGACCCUACAGCCAAGUCAGAUGGCAGGUCGAAUGGCAAGUCAAGUAGCAAGUCAAAUGGCAGCACUAAAGUGACAUGGGACAGCGAGACGAAAACGAGAACCGCAAGCAGCAGCAGCAGCGGCGGCGGGUCGUCGCCGUACGCUGUGCCGGUCCGCGUCAAGAAGCAGCCGCCCGACCUGGCCUCCGUCGAGCCGUCCAAGCCCAUCAUGAAGAAGGUAACGACCACGACCACCGCUGAGGUGCAUCCCCAGCCGGAGGAGGCCGCCCCUGAGGGAAGCUCUUCUAGCACGAAGGCCGCCAAGGGAGGGAGCUUCUCUAACCUGCAGGCGUCGCCGACGAUGAAGAAGACCAAGAAGAAGACCAAGGCAGCGACGAGCGUCUCUUCGGAGGACGAGCCUAGCAAGACAAGCUUAAAACGUCGUAUGUUACGACCGUCGUNUCAACUGCCGUCAACUGCCGUCAACUGCCGUCAACUGCCGUCAACUGCCGUCAACUGCCGUCAACUGCCGUCAACUGCCGUCAACCGCCGUCAACUGCCGUCAACUGCCGUCAACUGCCAUCCAAACAACGGCUGGCAGCAGCAGAUGUUGAGUCUGCAGCUUUAA